GUACUUCUUUUGGUUUUUCGAAUCGAGGAAUAGUCCAGCAACUGAUCCGAUCUUCCUAUGGGUUCACGGUGGCCCAGGCGGGAGCGCAACUGUUUCAGCGGUCGAAUACAAUGGUCCUUGCAUGGUAAACAAAGAAGGAACUUCGACAUCCAUCAACCCGGCCAAUGGCAUCUGGUUGGAUCAACCCACUGGGGUGGGUUACAGUAAAGGAGGGCCACCUGAGACAGCCAUAGGAGAGAUUGUGGAGAACAU